AUGACUACCGCUCAGGGCUGUCCAGGUGGCUGCAAGGGUGGCAUUCGCACUACCGCCGGCAUGGCAUCGAAUCCCACCAGCAGCAUCGGUGCGCGGUGGCGAACCAACGGCCAGCAACCAGUUAGAAUCGUAGACAAAGAUAAGCGACAGCUCCAUACUACCAGCAAGCGGCCCUUACUAUUCCGAACCAGCGGCGGCGGCACGGCCAUGCACAGCGACAGCCCGGAGGAAACGCAUCGAUCACGGAGACGGCGGCGAGGCCGCCGACGACAACCGUUAUGGUGCAACGGUCGAUCGACAACGGUGACAAUGCUGAUGCACUUGCUGAUGAUGCUGUUCUGGUUUCUGGCCGAUCCACCGACCGGGACUGUGACCGGUUUCAGCGUGCUGCCAGACACUCAACUGCAAGCACCGCGAUUUACCACUCAACCGUCCUCAUCGGGCUCGAUCGUGAGCGAAGGUCGAACGAAGAUUCUUCAAUGUCAUGCGUUAGGUUAUCCACAACCAACCUAUCGCUGGAUCAAGGAUGGCAUCCCGGUAGGAAACUUUAGCAAUAGCCAGUAUUUGAAAAUACUGAACAUUACACGUGACGAUGCUGGUUCGUACCAGUGCGAAGCAGCGAACAAGGCCGGGACCAUUUUUAGCGAGAAAAUCGAUGUCGUCGUUGCUUAUAUGGGAAUGUUUGUCGAUUUGUCGGAAAAGAUCGUAUCGGUUAUGUCGGGCUAUCCGGCAAUACUGAACCUUUCGUACAUUGAAUCGGUCCCCGCACCCUCGGUAACAUGGCAAACGGAUGAAGGGCCGCUCGAGUAUAAUAUUAAGUACGCACAGACAUCCAGCAAUCAGCUAAUUAUCCUUAGCGCAGACGAGGGUGACAUUCGUGCGUACCGGGCACGUGCCUUUAACACACAAAUCGGCCGGGAGGAAAGUACCGGCUUCAUACGGUUAAACGUUACCGGCAAUCCGUACACCGAGAUCGCACCGGAAAUCAUCGUUCACCCGCAAAGCAUGAAGGUGGUGCGUGGCGCACAAACCGUCGAGCUGGAGUGUAUUGCCAAUGCGCGCCCACUGCACGAGCUGGAAACGAUCUGGUUGAAGGAUGGCAUCGCGAUUGAAAAUACCGGCAUCCACUACACGCAGACGGAUCCGUGGAAUCGUACAAUAACGCUACUCCACGUGAACCUGACGCACACGGGCGAGUACACGUGUCAGGUGCAGAUGCGCACCGGCGGACAUCCGACCGUAUCGUCGAUGGCGGAGGUGAUUGUACAGGAACCGCCCACGUUCGUGACACCGUUGCGUACGGAAACGCUCGGCGAGUACGGUUCGCGUACGGUGCUGGCGUGUGAUGUGAUCGGUGAGCCGUUGCCGAAAAUAACCUGGUACAAAAAUGCGCAACCGAUCGAGCAGUCCGCUGGCCGGUACACGGUGCAGGACGAUAAUUCGCUGGAGAUCUAUCGGCUGGGGAUGGAUGACACGGCCAUGUUUCAGUGUCUUGCAUCGAACGAGGCGGGCGAAAAGUCCGCAUACACAUGGCUAAAAGUGAAAACCUACACCCCAAUUAUGGAGCUAGCACCUUCCAAUCAGACGGUGCUCGAUGGAAAGGAUGCCACAAUGAACUGCCGAGCGAUUGGAGCACCUACACCCAGCAUACAUUGGAUUUACAAUGAUACUUAUCCCAUUGAAGCGUCGGCCCGAAUGCAAAUCCUCGAUUCGGGCGAUUUACUAUUAUCAAACGUUCGUGAGGCGGAUAGUGGUCUUUACUCGUGCAUACGGGAGAACGAAGCUGGUCGCAUCACUGGAGCCGGAUAUUUAACCGUGCUGGUUCGUACACAAAUUAUUCGCCCACCGGCAGAUACAACUGUACUGCUGGGCCAUUCAGCCGCACUGGAAUGUGGUGUGUCAAGCGAUCCUACCGUGCCGUACAACAUCGAUUGGUAUCGCGAGCCGAACCGAUUACCCAUCAAGAACAGCCAGCGUAUCGGAGUUAAAGGAGACGGUACGCUCGAAAUUACCGAAGUACGUCCAUCGGACGUUGGUCAGUAUUCCUGCAUCGUGACAUCUCCCGGUGGUAACGAAACACGAUCGGCGAGACUUAGCGUCAUCGAGCUACCAUUUGCACCGUCGAACGUGAAAGCCGUCCGGCUAAGCUCCUCGCAAAACCGUGCCAUCAAUGUGUCCUGGACGCCCGGCUUCGAUGGGAACAGUAAAAUCAUCAAGUUCAUCGUACAACGGCGCGAGGUACCGGAGCUCGGCCCACUGCCCGAUCCGCUGCUAAACUGGGUAACGGAGGCAGCCAAUGUGUCCGCCCAAGCGAAGUGGAUCCUGUUGACGAACUUAAAGGCGGCCACCGCGUACCAGUUCCGAAUCAGUGCGGUUAAUCGUGUGGGUGAAGGUUCACCGUCCGAGCCGAGCGAUGUUGUGAAGUUGCCGCAAGAAGCCCCGUCAGGUCCACCGGUCGGAUUCGUUGGUUCGGCACGUUCGUCAACUGAAAUCAUUAUACAAUGGCAGCCCCCGCUCGAGGAGCACCGUAACGGUCAAAUCCAUGGUUACAUUAUUCGCUACCGGCUGUUUGGCUACAGAGGCAGCCCGUGGAACUAUCGCAACAUUACCAACGAGGCGCAGCGCAACUAUCUCAUCCAGGAGCUCAUCACGUGGAAGGACUACAUCAUCCAGAUUGCCGCGUACAACAAUAUGGGUGUCGGUGUGUACACCGAUGGUGCAAAAAUCAAAACAAAGGAAGGUGUGCCGGAAGCGCCACCGACCAACGUACGCGUGGAGCCGCUCAACUCGACCGCCAUUCGUAUCUGGUGGACACCGCCCAACCCGCAGCAGAUAAAUGGAAUCAAUCAGGGCUAUAAGUUGCAAGCGUGGCGAUACGAAAAGCCACCGCUACAAUCACCGGCGGCGGUAGGAGCUAGUGCGGGAGGGUUGAUAGCCGUCGGGACGGGUGAUGAUGAGGGUGAGUUAAUCGAGACGGAAAUGAAGGUGCUAACCGUACCGCCGAAUUUGCUCGACCCGUUGGCGGAACAGAGCGAAGUGUUGGGAGGGUUGGAGAAAUAUACGGCGUACAAUAUUACCGUGCUGUGCUUUACCGAUCCCGGUGAUGGGGAGCGUAGUGUGCCUGUGCCGGUGCAAACGCUUGAGGAUGUACCGGAUGAGGUGAGUGGUUUGCAGUUUAGUGGAAUUUCCGACCGAGAGGUUAGUGUUGCGUGGGAUCCGCCGCGACGUACGAAUGGUGUGCUGACCGGAUAUCAGGUGCGUUACUACGUGAAGGAUCAUCCGGAAGCGGUACGGUCGGUUAAUUUAACGGCCGAUCAAACGAGACUUAAAGUGACGCAUCUUACGGCGACCACGCAUUACACGUUUGAGGUAAACGGUUGGACGGUUGUUGGCGCUGGUCCACCAAAGGUCGCCACCAUACAGUCGGGCAUUGAGCCGGUCCUGCCACACCCACCGUACCAGCUGGCGCUUUCGAACAUUGAAGCGUUCUCGGUGGUGAUACAGUUUACGCCCGGGUUUGAUGGUAAUUCGUCCAUCACUAGUUGGAUCGUUGAGGCACAAACCGCACGCAAUCUUACCUGGUUUGUCGUGCACGAACUGCACGAUCCGGACGCAUCGACGGUGACUGUGCUGGGGUUGAUGCCCUUCACCACGUACCGGCUGCGCAUUACGGCGUGUAACGUCGUCGGCCGAUCGGAACCGUCGGAACCGACGAAAGAUUUUCAAACGAUUCAAGCACGCCCUAAACAUCCACCCUUUAACGUGACGGUACGGGCGAUGAGUGCAACAGAGUUACGGGUCCGCUGGAUACCGUUGCAGCAAACGGAAUGGUUCGGUAAUCCGCGCGGUUACAAUAUUACGUAUCGCAUCACGCACGAUAACGCUGGAUCGGUUGGGAAUGAUGAGGAAGGAGUAGCAUCAGCUGAUGGCAACGGGAUAUCAGUACCCGGUGGUGGUUUGGAAGCAGUCGGCACCUGGAAACGUCGUAGCGUGCUGAUCGAAGAUCCGACCGCAAACUCACACGUGCUGGACGGGUUGGAAGAGUGGUCCGUGUACGAAAUAGCGAUGACGGCCGUUAACGAGGUCGGCGAAUCGAGCGACAGUCCGCACGCGUUUGAACGUACACGCGAAGCCGUCCCAACGAUGGGACCGGCCGUAGUCGAUGCGAACGCUACCUCCUCCACCACGAUAGUGGUGCGCUGGACGGAGGUGCCUAAGGUACAUCGCAAUGGUCAGGUGGAGGGCUACCGUGUGUACUACGGCUCAGUAGCAGGACGUACCCCAGUGCUGCACAAAACGAUUGCCAACAAUUACACCUUCACCACGACACUAACGGAGCUGAAGAAGUAUGUCCAGUACGACAUACAGGUGCUUGCGUAUACACGGCUCGGGGACGGUGUCCUCAGUACUCCACCGGUACGCAUACAAACGUUCGAGGACACACCGGGCGCACCAUCGAACGUCUCCUUCCCGGACGUAUCGUUCAGCAUGGCACGCAUCAUAUGGGACGUACCGGAAGAACCGAACGGUGAAAUUCUAGCCUACCGAGUAACGUACCUUCUGAACGGUUCACAAAACCUUAACUUUACCCAAGAGUUCCCACCAUCCGAUCGAACGUUUCGCGCAACGCAACUUCUCGCCGAACGGUACUACCUGUUCAGUGUGACCGCCCAAACACGUCUUGGCUGGGGCAAAACAGCGGCUGCACUCGUGUACACAACCAACAAUCGGCAAAUCCCGCAACCACCAUCGGCACCACAAAUUUCCCGCUCCCAGGUACAAUCUGAACAGAUCACCUUCAGCUGGACACCGGGUCGUGAUGGGUUUGCACCACUUCGCUACUACUCCGUCCAGUUGCGAGAAAAUGAAGGCUCCUGGACGCUCAUACCGAAGCGUGUCGAUCCGUCCGUCACGUCCUACACAGCGACCGGUUUGAAACCUCACACAUACUACCAAUUUCGCAUACAAGCCACCAACGAUCUCGGACCGUCUAGUUACAGCAAAGAAAGCGUCCAAAUUCGAACUCUACCUGCCGCACCGUCGGAACCGAUAACGGGACUGAAGGUAGUCCCCAUUACUACCACGAGUGUGCGUGUCCAGUGGAUCGCUUUACGUGCCACCGCAUGGAACGGGGAUGCUGAAACGGGCGGCUAUCGCAUACUCUACCAACCGCUGUCCGAUUUUCCCUCCACCCUACAAAGCACACCGAAGAUGGAUGUGUUGGGCGUGCAGGAAGUGUCGGCCGUGCUGACGGAUCUCGCCCAAGAUCGUAACUACGAAAUCAUUCUCCAACCGUUCAACUCGCAAGGUUCCGGACCACCUUCGCCACCGGUUGCGGUGUACGUUGGUGAAGCGGUACCGAUUGGUGAACCGCUCAACAUCGAAGGUGAAGCCAUCUCAUCGACCGAGGUACAUUUGCGCUGGAAUCCACCGCAGCAAAACACACAAAAUGGAGAGUUGCUAGGGUACAAAAUAUUUUACCUCGUAACCGAUUCACCUGCGCAAGAUUUCGAUCCCGAACCAAUCACGACAGGCAACGGAAUUAAUAGUGUCAAUGGUGCACGGCGUAACAAAACACCGGAGGAAGAGAUUGAAGUUGUACCGGCGUCUUACACCACGCACAAUCUUGUCUUUCUCGAUAAGUACACCGAGUAUCGGAUACAGAUAUUGGCAUUCAAUCCGGCUGGCGAUGGGCCCCGGUCGGCACCGAUCACGGUUAAGACGCUGCCGGGACAUCCGGGACCGCCGACGAAUUUACUCUUUACCGACAUCACCAUGAACAGUUUGAUGGUCAGCUGGGAUGUGCCGCGGAAACCGAACGGGCUUAUACUUGGGUACAUCGUUGCGUACGAAACGACGGAAGAUAAUGAAAAGUUUAGCAAACAGGUGAAACAAAAGGUAACCGGCACUAGCCUGAUCGUGCAAAACCUAGAGGAAGAAGUAACGUACACCUUUACGGUGCGUGCGCAAACCAUCGACUAUGGGCCGGCCGUCAUCGGCAACGUGACGACCGGACCGCAGGACGGUUCGCCCGGAUCACCGCGCGAACUAAUGAUCUCAAAGUCACAGGCAAGCGUACAGAUGCACUGGAUCAACGGACAGUCGGGCAAAGGUCCCAUCAUGGGCUAUUACAUCGAAACGAAAAAACGCGACGAUCUGCGUUGGGAAACGGUAGCGCGCACAACGAACGGACCGAUACAGGAGUUUACUGUUAGCUUUCAAAAUCUGUUACCCUCGACCGCGUACAAAUUUCGCGUCAUCUCCUACAACCGGUACGGCAUCAGCUGUCCCGUCUAUUCCGACGAUGCGGUGCUAACGCCUUCGAAGCUUUACCUGGAGUACGGCUACCUUCAACUGAAACCGUUUUAUCGGCAAACGUGGUUCAUGGUUGCACUGGCGGCCACCUCCAUCGUGAUCGUCAUUAUGGUUAUUGCCGUGCUUUGUGUGAAGAGCAAAAGCUACAAGUACAAACAGGAGGUCCAAAAAACGUUGGAAGAAUCCAUCGCAAUGUCCAUCGAUGAACGGCAAGAGCUGGCACUGGAGCUUUAUCGAACACGCCACGGAGCAUCGGCCAAUGGUGGGAUGAACGGGGUCAACAGUGGCACGGGCACCAUGAUCCACAGCACACUCGGCCGCCGUACCGGUACAAUACUCGGCCGAAAGGGUGGCGGUGGACCGGGUUCGAGUACGGCGGCAGCAGCUGCGGCUGCGGCCGCUUCGUUAGGCAAAUCACCGCCCCGACCAUCGCCCGCCUCAGUCGCGUAUCACAGCGACGAGGAAAGUUUAAAAUGUUACGACGAAAAUCCGGACGAUAGCAGCGUUACGGAGAAACCGUCCGAGGUCAGCUCCAGUGAUUCGCAGGCAUCGGAAAGUGAAAACGAAAGUGUCCGGUCGGAUCCGCACUCGUUUGUGAAUCAUUACGUCAACAACGACCUUUUGCGGCAAUCGUGGAAACGCCAGAAACCGGUACGAAACUACUCGAGCUAUACUGACUCUGAUCCGGAAGGGUCGGCCGUGAUGAGCCUGAACGGUGGGCAAAUCAUUAUGAACAAUAUGGCCCGCUCGAGAGCACCACUGCCUGGCUUUAGUUCCUUUGUGUGA